AUGCCUUCUCCCAUGGUCACCGCGACGCUGCAGGCAGCUCUGCUGUCCUCUGCCUCCAACAUUCUCGCCCAGUUCAUCGAGGCCUACCGCGGCGAGCGCGCCUUCAUGUUUAACUCGCCUGAAUUCUUCCGCUUCGUCACCCUCACGUUGAUUACUGCGCCACCAAACUACCUCUGGCAAGGCCUUCUCGAGCGCACUUUCCCCGCCUAUCCGCGUGACUCCAUCUACGGCGCCGCACCCGGCGCCCCCAUCCGUUCCCCUCGCUCUUCAAUGAGCCGGGAUAUCGAGGCCGGCGAUGGCCUGGAAAAGCGCGACGAUUAUGUCUAUGCCAGCCAGCCCAAGCCUAGGAUCAGCAAGAGAAACACCAUUACGAAAUGGUUCGUCGACUGCAUCACCAUGGGCGCCAUCAUGAACACUGUUGCCUUCCUGGUCAUUAUGGGAAUCAUGAAGGGGCAGGGCACUGCGGAGAUUGGACAGAACAUCCGGACGGAAACCAUCCCCAUCAUCAUUGCAGGUUACAAGAUUUGGCCGAUCGCGUCCAUCAUCAGUUUCAGCUUCAUCCCCGUCGAGAGGCGUAUUGUAUUCUUGAGUUGCGUCGGUCUAUGCUGGGGCGUUUACAUGAGCCUGGUCGCCGCCAGAGUUUAA